AAAAAAAAGAAAACGAAAACAAACCCUGAACCAUCAGCUAAGCAAGGAAAGAGGGAGGGUUCACGAGGUGGAGAAGCUUCCUCUAGCAAAUCGAAAGGAGCUGCUACAAAAUCUGGUCGUAAAUCCAAGGAUGACACUAAAGUCGAUGGAAAAUUGAAGGACAACACCUCCAAGUCCGGUGCUAAAUCCAAGGAUAAUUCUCAGAAAAGAAGUGGCAAAUCUGUUGUUGAUGCCUCCAAAACAACUGGCAAAUCCAAAGGCGUCGAUGCUAGCACACCAAAGUCCAGCAUCAAGUUCAAGCUGGAUAGCCCAAAAGCUGCCACCAAAGACACCCGAAAAACAACCACCAAAGACACUCCGAAAACUGUCACAAAAUCUAAGGGUAAAGCCUCCAAAAGUGGGAACAAAUCUAAUGCUAAUGGUUCUGGCAAGGCAAAAGCUGGUUCGGCGAAGGUAAAAGAAACCAAGGGAAAAGAAAAGUCGACUGAGACAGUGAAAACACCAAAAAGCGCAAAGGGGAAGUCACUGGAUACGUUGAAGGGGCAAUAAACUGGUGCGAAGAGUGGAAAGAAGCGGAGAAGAGGAGCUAAAAGCUGAUGGUUUGGGCAUUAGCUGCUUUUUCAUCGGCGGUGUUUUGUUUGCGGGUUGCAGUAGACAAGUUGAGAAUUUUCUGUCAAGGGUGGAGCAGUCACCAUCAAAAUCAAUGCAAACUGCACUUUCUCCAUUUAUGUAGGCAUUGGUAGCAGAUGAACUUUUAAGGCAUCCAGAUGUAGAUGUGAAAGUUGCAGUUGCCUCCUGCAUCAGUGAGAUAACAAGAAUUACUGCACCAGAUGCUCCGUAUGAGAUCAGAUGAAGGAUGUCUUUUGGUUGAUUGUAUCAUCCUUUGAAAAUUUAUCUGACAAGUCCAGUAGAUCAUAUAGUAAGAGGACCUUGAUUCUUAAAACUGUAGCCAAGGUCAGGUCAUGUGUGGUGAUGUUGGAUCUGGAAUGUGAUGGUCUGAUUGUUGAGAUGUUUCACCACUUUCUGAAAGCUAUAAGGGAUUAUCACCCAGAGAAUGUAUUUUCCUCCAUGGUCACAAUUAUGUCUCUUGUACUGGAAGAAAGCGAAGAUAUUUUGUUUGAGCUAAUCUCUCCCGUCCUAGCUAGUGUGAAAAGGGACAAUCAGGAGGUUUUGCCAAUUGCUCAGAAAUUGGGGGAGAGAGUAUUUAAAAACUGUGCUAUAAAGGGCAAACCUUACCUGAUGCAAGCUAUGAAAUCUUUGGGACUUUCUUCAGAUGAUUAUAUCGAAGUAAUUUCAUCUAUACGUGAUGGAACAAAUGGUGCUGUUGGAGAUAAUGAUGACAAUGCUUGUGGAGAACAGCUGACUGAGAUGAGCAAGUUGGCUAGGGCAUCUUCAGAGGGGGCAGCUCAGGCUGAUGAGAACAAGUUGGCUGUGGCAUCUUCCGAUGGGGCAACCCAGGAUCAGAUGACAAAAGAAAGUGUGACAGAGACUCGUCCUGAAGAAGAUCAUCCUGCUGUGGACGGAUCUCCAAAGUCAGUGAUGAGUAAUGGUGUUGCAGAAACUGGGAAUGAAGACAGAUUGGCAGAUCCAGAGUCUUCAAAGAAGCAAGAGCAUGCUCACCAGGUUGAUCAGUCAGUUGAUACUAAUGUAACAAGCAAUGCUGAACCUGAUGAUUCAGACAGUGGGAAGACAGUAAAAUCUGAGUCUAAGCCCGAACAAACAUCCAAGAAAAGAGGACAGAAAUCAAACGCUUUAAUCAACUCAGCAGAACCUUCUGACUCCUCUCGAGUUGAGAGCGAUAAAGUAUCUGAAAGAACGGCAGACCGUCAAAAAAGUCAUAGCAAGGAAGUCCGUAGUUCACCCUCUGAGGAGCCGUCUGUUGAGGUGGCUGUGACGUCAGAAAAUGACAAAGAGAAUGUUAAGCUUUCCUCACCAAAAGCAAUAGAGAGUGAGUCAAUGAAUGUUGCUUCCCCAUCCCCAAGUAGGAGUGUUCCUGAUGAGGGUCGUCUGAAGAAGGCUGGACAACCAAAGAAGAAGGACAAUUUGGUUCAAGACAUUGCACUAUCUGCCAAUGUUGUUUCUAAGAAAGCAUCUGAUGGUACAAGUGAUUUGGAAGUGAAGCCCCAAAGAUGCUCAGGAAAAAAGGCUCCUGCUGGGAGUACUGAGGAGAAGACUCUGGCUCCGACGGAUAAAUCCAAGAGUGAAGGUGGGACAAGUGAUUCAGAGGAAAAACCAUUGAAAGAUCAUGUUAGGAAGGUAGAUGCAAAAGAUAACAUAGUGGAUGGGCCCUCAUCAAAGAAGAAGGAAGAUGGGAAAAGGCGUGGGGGAGGGCGAGGAUGUGGACGUGGACGUGGAAAUGCUACUUUGGUGAAGGAUUUAACAAAAUCAUCCACCGAAGAUGAUGACAAAGAAGCAGUUUCUUCCCCAAAACUUGCCGCAAAAUUAGAUAAAGAUGAAGGCCACUUAGAGGAAACCACCAAGACGACUCUUAAU